UGUGGUUUUCUGCGGUGAUCUGCUCGUGCAUAACUCACGAGCAGUGUGUUGGCCUUACCUGAAGAAUCUCAGCGUCCGACAGCAAGUUGUUAAAGAUACAGAAUAAUAAUAAUAAUAAUAAUAAUAAUAAUAAUAAUAAUAAUAAUUGCAUUUUUAAUCACUCGAUAUGGCCGCAUGUGAGAGAGAGGACCGAAAGUUACACAAUAAUCGAAACGAAAGUGAAACCCUUUCCUCUGAAUCACAUCACUUUCUGUUCUGACACAGGAACGAACCAAACGCCAAACUGCACUGAAAGAAAAUGGCUCAAGCUGAUAUUGACGAGGGAUUAUAUUCUCGACAACUGUACGUGAUUGACCAUGAUGCAAUGCGUCGCAUGGGAAAGGCUGAUGUCCUCAUUGCUGGAAUGCGAGGUCUUGGUGUGGAGAUUGCCAAGAAUGUGAUCCUGGCUGGAGUUCGAUCGGUCACCAUUCAGGAUGAGGGUGUGGUGGAGUGGAGAGAUCUGUCCUCUCAGUUUUACCUAAAGGAGGCUGAUCUGGGUCAGAACAGGGCUUUAUGCUCUGAGAAGCAGCUCUCUAGUCUGAAUGUCUACGUUCGAGUGUCUUCCUGGACUAACAAACUCGAUGAGGACUUCCUCAGUAAGUUCCAGGUGGUGGUGCUCACAAAUUCACCUUUAGAAGAGCAGCUAUGUGUGGGAGCGUUUUGUCAUUCAAACAAUAUAAAGUUUAUUGUGGCUGACACCAGAGGGCUUUGUGGGCAGCUGUUUUGUGACUUUGGCGAAUCAUUUGAGGUCAUAGACACAAACGGAGAGACUCCAGUAUCGUCCAUGAUUGCUCACAUCAGCAAGGACAAUCCAGGCAUCGUGACAUGCACAGAUGAGGAAAGCCACGAGUUCACCGAUGGCAUGUUUGUGAAUUUCUCUGAGAUUCAAGGCAUGACUGAACUCAAUAGUUAUGGCCCCAUUGAGAUCAAAGUGAGAGACAGCUACUCCUUCAGUAUUUGUGACACUUCAAACUUUUCUGAGUAUGUGAAGGGUGGAGUGGCAACUGAAGUGAAACAGCCUGAAAUCCUCAGCUUUAAACCUCUGAUUGUGGCUCUGGAUGAAGCGAUUAGAGAUCCUGGGCUUGUGGAGAUGACAGACUAUGGCAAAACACAAAGACACCUGUCUCUGCAUCUGGGCUUCCAGGCCCUGCAUAGAUUUACUCAGAAAUACAGCCGGGCACCCCAUCCUAGAUCCCAGGCUGAUGCUGAAGUGCUGGUUACUAUCACAAAAGAGCUUUGCACAGAAGCAAAGUUUGAUGAUCUUGAUGAAGAUGCUGUAAGGCAGUUAUGUUUUGUUGCCAGCGGUGAUCUGGCGCCUGUCAGUGCCUUCAUCGGCGGUCUGGCUGCUCAGGAGGUGGUGAAGGCGUGCAGUGGUAAAUUCACUCCUCUCAGACAGUGGCUGUACUUUGAUGCCCUGGAAUGCCUUCCUCAGGAGAACGAUGGAGUCCUUUCUGAAGAUGUCUGUGCUCCUAGAGACAGCCGAUAUGAUGGGCAGAUUGCUGUGUUUGGAUCUGCUUUUCAAGACAAACUGAAGAAACAGAACUAUUUUCUGGUCGGAGCUGGAGCAAUUGGUUGUGAGCUGCUGAAGAACUUCGCUCUGAUUGGUCUGGGUGCGGGAGAGGCCGGGAAGAUCACGGUGACUGACAUGGACUCUAUUGAGCGAUCAAAUCUGAAUCGACAGUUUCUUUUCCACUCUAAGGACAUUGGGAGACUGAAGUCUGAGGUGGCAGCAGAGUCUGUUAAAGAAAUGAACCCCUACAUGAACAUCACCGCUCACCAGAACCGUGUGUGUCCUGAGACGGAGGAGGUCUACACACAUUCAUUUUACAGCAAGCUUGAUGGUGUGGCAGCGGCGCUGGAUAAUGUGGAUGCACGUGUCUAUCUUGAUCAAUGCUGUGUGCGAAACAAAAAGCCUUUGCUGGAGGGAGGAACCCUGGGUAGUAAAGGCCACACUUUGGUGGUGGUACCACAUCUGACUGAAUCAUACGGGCCCUCCACAUCUGGAGGACAGAAAGCCAUUCCCAUUUGCACACUCAAGAACUUCCCUCACCGUAUAGAGCACACACUACAGUGGGCCAGAGACCAGUUUGAGGGACUUUUCAAACAAACGGCAGAGAAUGUUAACAACUUUCUCAGUGACCCAACAUUUGUUGAUCGCACAGUUGCGCGUGGGGAUGUGGAGGCUGUGGAAAUACUGGACGGUGUCUAUAGGAGUCUGGGUGAGGAAUGGCCUCAGAACUGGGCUGACUGUGUCAGCUGGGCUCGCAGACAGUGGGAAACGCUCUACAACAACCACAUUAAACAACUGCUACACUGCUUUCCCCCUGACCAGGUAACAAGCUCUGGACUUCCGUUCUGGAUGGGCGCAAAGAGAUGUCCACAUCCUUUGACCUUUGACACCAACAAUACCACCCAUAUGGACUUCAUUGUGGCAGCGGCCAAUUUAUACGGGCAGAUCUAUGGGAUUACAGGCUCAACAAAUCGUAGCGAUAUUCAGACCAUUCUGCAAGGAGUAAAAGUGCCUGAGUUCACUCCUAAAUCUAGUGUAAAGAUAGCAGUGACCGACCAGGAGCUGAAAGAGGAAAACGAGGAGAGAAAAGAAGAAGACAAAGUCAAGCUAGAGAUGUUAAAGGAGAAGCUGUCCAAACUCCAUCUGAAGGACCAAAGCUUCCGGAUGCAUCCACAGGAGUUUGAGAAGGAUGAUGACAGUAAUUUCCACAUGGACUACAUAGUCGCAACAUCCAACCUGAGGGCAGAGAACUAUGAUAUACCAACCGCCGACCGCCACAAAAGCAAGUUAAUUGCUGGCCGCAUCAUUCCAGCAAUCGCCACAACAACAGCUGCAAUCGCCGGGCUGAUGUGUUUGGAGCUCUAUAAGCUUGUCCAGGGUCACCAGAAACUCACAUCCUACCGUAACGCAUAUAUAAACCUGGCCACCCAAUACUUUGUCUUUUCACAGCCUUGUGUGGCCCCGACAUUCACAGUCGCGGGGCAGCGGUACUCUCUCUGGGAUGACUUCCUGGUGCAGGGCCGGCGUGAGGGUCAAAAGGAAAUGACCUUGGAGGAACUGCUGAAUCACAUUAAGGAAAACCAUAAGUUGAGCAUCACUGGCUUGUAUUAUGGUACUGCUGUACUGUACAGUGAUCUCUCGGAUCAUACUGAUCGCCUGAAGCUAAGCAUAACUGAUUUGGUGCGCACUGCAACUAAGCGUGAGAUUCCAGAUCACCAGCAGAUGUUGGAGAUCAUUCCCUCGUUUGAAGAGGAUGAGGACUGCCAGACCGUCCCGUCCAUCAGAUACCUGCUGAAGUGAUGCUGGAGGCCUGAACGAACUAUCACCUUAAUAAGAUGUCAACUAUUAACUGGUCUCUAUUAACUUUGAUUCUAGAUUUAUAUGCAGAACAGUCAUAAAAUCAUGUCAAUUUGCACACUGCAAAAAAUAAUAAACAUGGCAGAUUUAUUAAAGUUGAUUCUAAAAACAAAUAAAAAACACUGCCUACAAAACAAAAAAA